AUGCCCGCAGACACGUAUGCCCAAGCCGCAAAACGUAAAACGAAAAGCGGCAAGAUCACGCCGCAGGAGCCACCCAGCUCCAAAAAGUUGUGGGGCAUCAAUCCAAAGGCAGCCGUGGGCCAACCAUCUGGACCGGCUUCCCACCGAUUGGAGGAGGGACGGCGCAGAUAUGCGGACGCUGUUAAAGGCAUCCGCAUGGCUCUACUGCCUCUUCACUAUCCGGCGGAGUCGUUGAAACCGGAGAAGCUCGCCGUGCUCCAGGACCUCCUCAUGGAAGAGGUGUUCAGAGGAGAGGACUACGCGGCGUCCUUCCUAGGAGUAGAGUUCAGAGGAGUUAUGCUACCAGUGGACUGCAUGGAUGAGGCGUCCGCCGACUGGCUGAGAGAGUACGCUCCAAAGCUGGGAGGCUGGAAGGACUCUGUCCUUUGCGCGAAGAGGGCGGAGGACUUGCCAAUCAUGCACAGCAUGACAAUGUUCUUCCCUCGGUGCGGGGACAAGCCCUAUGAGUUCGCCUUGGGCCUGGUGAAAAAUCAGAACCGGUGA